AUGCCCCGCUUCCUAACAGACCCUCGCCUCGCCCCAACAACCCCCCAGCCCCUCCUGGUAAUCGGCGCCGGCCUACCACGCACAGCGACAUCCUCCCUGCAAGCCGCCCUAGAACAGCUAGGCUAUAACCCCUGUCUCCACAUGGCACAGAUAAUCCCCCAUGCAGAUCGCCAACAACUCCUCAUAAACGCCUCACGGGAAAAGAACACCGCCAAACGCCAGAAGCAGCUCCACGAACUGGUCGACGGCUACGCCGCCGUCUGCGACAUGCCGGCUAUAUUCUUCCUCUCUGAUCUGCUGGAUAUGUACCCGGACGCCAAGGUCGUCCUGAGUGUGCGUCCGGAUGCGGAGAUAUGGGCGCGCAGCUGUGUAGAUAGUCUCGGGUUCUUUUUUACGGGGAGGUUUUACUGGGUUGGGCUUCUGUGGAAGACGGAUAGAUUGUGGUAUAGGCUCAAUAUGAGAAUUUUGGAGUGGUCCCAGGAGAGGUUUGGGGAGGGUAAUAUUUUCGACCCUGCUUUUGCGGAAAGGUAUAAUGAGGCUGUUAGGGGGGUCGUGGAGGGAAGGGGAGGUGUGGUGCUGGAGUUUAAGGCGGAGGAUGGGUGGGGGCCGCUCUGUGGGUUUCUUGGGAGGGAGGUUCCCGAGGCACAAUUUCCCAGGGUCAACGAGAGGAGGACUUUUGCUGUUAUUAGGGCAGUUUUGGUUGCUAAGGGGUUGAUUGGCUGGGUUUUGCUUGGGGCGUUUGUUUGGUUUGGGUGUAGUUAUAUGGUGGGGCUUUUUGUAUAG